ACUCUCACAUAAACCUUUAAUUUUUGUAGUGGGAUUUCUUUCUUCUUUGCUUCAUAGAGAAUUCAAAUUCAAAACACUCUAUGCCCAAUAUAAAUAGCUCCUUGGAAAACUUAAGAGCCCAAUAAUAAUAAUAAUAAUAAUCGUAUAACCAAAUCACACUAAUAUGGCUUCAGAAGAGCAAAACCAUGCUACUCAUCAGGAUUCUGAUCAUCAUGGUGAUGGCAUCAUUGGAAAGAAUAAGAUAUUAAGAAGACAUGACUCUCUAGACAUGGAAUCUCGCAUCUUCUCAAAUUCUUCUGCUCACUCUAAAGGGCCAUCGAUGUCCAUGAUUAUGCACCUAGCGUUUCAAAGCAUAGGAAUUGUGUAUGGAGACAUAGGAACAUCACCAUUGUAUGUUUAUUCAAGCACUUUCACUGAUGGCAUAAAGCACAAUGAUGAUAUUUUGGGUGUUCUUUCUAUCAUCCUUUACACUAUUACCCUCAUUCCUCUUAUCAAAUAUGUCCUCAUUGUCUUAAAGGCAAACGACAAUGGCGAUGGAGGGACUUUUGCUUUGUACUCUCUAAUAUGCCGCUAUGCCAAAGUAAGUCUUACUCCAAAUCAACAAAUUGAAGAUGCAGAAGUUUCUAAUUAUCAGUUAGAUUUGCCUGAGAAUAGCACCACAAAGAGAGCUUCAAUGGUUAAGUCAAAACUUGAGAACAGUUACUUUGCAAAGCUCUUCUUGUUGCUAGUCACCAUGCUUGGUACCUCCAUGGUCAUUGGGGAUGGUGUACUCACUCCUUGCAUCUCUGUUUUAUCUGCUGUGGGAGGGCUCAAGGAAGCUACUUCAAAAAUAACUAACGAGCGGGUUGUUGGGAUAUCGAUAGGAAUCUUGAUAUGCCUAUUCAUGGUUCAAAGGUUUGGAACAGAUAAAGUUGGGUACAGUUUUGCCCCCAUUAUAUGUGUUUGGUUUUUGUUCAUUGGAGGAAUCGGUGUUUACAAUUUCAUCAAGUAUGAUCCCAUUGUUAUCAAAGCACUAAAUCCAGCAUACAUUGUAUACUACUUUCGGAGGAACAAGAAGGAUGCUUGGAUUUCUCUUGGUGGCAUCGUUCUAGCAAUAACAGGAACUGAAGCACUAUUUGCGGAUGUUGGACAUUUCACAGUGAGAUCUAUACAAAUAAGCAUGUGCUCUGUGACAUAUCCUGCUCUCAUUCUGGCCUAUACUGGACAAGCUUCAUUCCUUCGCAAACACAAUGAUCUUGUUUCUGAUACUUUCUACAAGUCCAUACCACAUAAACUAUACUGGCCAAUGUUUGUUGUUGCUGUGGCAGCAGCAAUCAUAGCAUCUCAAGCGAUGAUCUCAGGAACAUUCUCAAUCAUACAACAAUCCUUAGCACUUGGAUGUUUUCCUCGUGUCAAAGUUGUACAUACAUCAGCCAAGUAUGAAGGACAAGUUUACGUUCCCGAAAUCAAUUUCAUACUCAUGAUUGCCUGUGUUGCCGUCACUGCUGGAUUCAAAACCACCACCAAAAUUGGCAAUGCUUAUGGAAUAGCAGUGGUUUUUGUAAUGACACUAACUUCAGCAUUGCUUGUUCUAGUCAUGAUCAUGAUAUGGAAGACUAACCUGCUAUUAAUCAUAAGCUAUGUUCUUAUUAUUGGUUCUGUGGAGCUUCUAUACUUAAGCUCAGUGCUAUACAAAUUCAAGGAUGGAGGGUAUCUUCCACUAGCAUUUGCAUUGUUCCUAAUGUCCAUAAUGUACAUUUGGAAUGAUGUGUAUAGAAAAAAGUACUAUUAUGAGUUGGAUCAUAAGAUUUCUCCUCAAAGGCUUAAGGAAAUUAUUGCUAAUGAAAAAAGGUUGCAUAGAAUCCCUGGAUUUGCCAUCUUUUAUUCGGAGCUUGUUCAAGGAAUUCCACCAAUUUUCAAGCAUUAUGUGUCGAAUAUUCCGGCCUUGCAUUCUAUUGUGGUGUUUAUCUCGAUCAAAUCGUUACCAAUUAGCAAGAUUUCAAUGGAGGAGAGGUUCAUUUUUCGCCGUGUCGAACACGACGAACUUAAGAUAUUUAGAUGCGUUGUGAGAUAUGGAUAUACGGAUGUCCGUGACGAGAAAGAGCCGUUAGAGGAUUUGUUAGUUAGAAGGUUGAAGUCAUUUGUUGGGGAACCUAGGGUUCUUGAUUCAUCUCAAAAGGUUGAAGAGGAGAGAAUGAGUGAUGGUGGUGGUGAAGAGACUAUUAUUGUUGAGGAAAUUGAGAAAGGAUUGGAAGCUGGAAUUGUUCAUUUGAUUGGUGAGAGUGAAGUUGUUGCAAGCAAAGGAAGUGGCAUUGGGAAGAAGAUUUUGAUAAAUUAUGCUUACAAUUUCUUGAAAAAGAACUUGAAGCAAGGUGACAAAGUGUUUGAUAUUCCUCAUGAGCGUAAGGUUAAAGUGGGAAUGACAUAUGAACUUUAAAUAUGAUAGAAAUUAAGUGCUCAAAUAAGAAUAAUAAUAGGUGGAAAGAGAGACCUAUGACAACUAUUUUUGUUUGUUUCUAUAAAUAAUUGUAUGUAUUAUUUUUAUUUGGAUAAAUAUUUAAGCACGAGUAGAAUUAUUGUUUUUGGUUAUUA